AUGGAACAGGAUUUACUUGAAGAGUUAAAUAAAGGCGGAUGUCCCAGAUCUGCUAUAUGGGAUGAAUUUGAUAUUGGAGAGUCUGAUGGAAAGGGACAUUAUGAAGCAAAGUGUCGAUACUGUAUUAAAGGAAAAUGGCAGCAUGGAAGGCCCUCAGUAAUGGAAUCUCACUUGGCUUUACAUUGCAAAGGUGAAACUCCUGAUCAAAUAAGACGUUAUUGGUUAAUUCAUGUUGCAAAACGAAAUGAUAAAGUAAAAGAUACUGAUAAUAGUGACAAUGAAAGUAUGUCACCAUCUUCUUCAAAAAAACCUAAAGUUUCACAAUCAAAUUUUAAAUCUAUUGAACCAGUAUCGAGUAAAAAGACGCUUGACGGAUGGUCAAACCCAACAAAUGACUCAUUGUAUAAUUUUAUUAUAUCUACAUCUGAAAGAAAAGAAUAUUUAUAUUCUCUUUUAGAUUUUUCAGAUGCAGUACAAACCGGAGAAUUUCUUGCUUCUAAGAUUUCAGAAAUUAUAGACAGAGUUGGUUCUAAUAAAUUCAUGGCUUGCGUAACAGAUAAUGGAAGCAAUAUUUGUGUUGCUUGUGAAGUUACUACAUAUAACUAUUCACAUAUUUGGAAUAUUAAAUGCAUCGCAUAUGCGAUAAAUCUUAUAUCAAAUAAUAUAGUAAAAACACAAUCUGUUAAUCAAGUUCUAAAACAAGCUAGUCAAAUUAUUCAAUUUUUCAAAAAAUCACAUUUAGCAUGUCGACUUCUUCGUAAAGGUAUAGAAAAUAUGAAUAUAAGUGAUGGUGGUUUAGAAACAUAUACUAAAACAAGAUGGGUUUCUAUCUUUGAAACUACAUCUUUGAUUAUAAGAUUAAGACCA